AUGAAUCGUCGUCUCGACGAGGUCGACGCAAAGGUCCAUCGCGCCACCAGCUCAGCCCCGGAAUUGACGAAAGCACUCGCCGACAGCCGGAGGAGUCCGCUCACUCGCAGGCUCCGCCAAAUCGAUCUGCACGAGAGAGCUCGACUCAAAAUCGACUCUUACACCGGAGAAGAAGAUCCCAAGAAGUGGCUAACUGCGUUCAAUCUCGCCAUGAGGAGGGAGAAAUACAAAUUCUACGACGAGAGGGAGGCCAACUACUGUCAAGUAUUCGUUGAGCACAUGACGAAAGAUGCCUUGACCUGGUUCUCUAACCUCCCUGCCGAGUCAAUCGACAACUUCGACGAUCUAACUAAUGCCUUCCUAAAGCAUUACUCCAUGCACAUGUCCCGAGUCACGCGGAACAUGUUCACCACAACGCAAACCCAAGGUGAACCCUUGCGCAGUUUCAUGGAGAAGUUCAAACAAGCAGCCCGCGACAUGCCCGAUAGCGUCCCACUGGAAGCACUCCGCAAUGGCCUCUGGUAUGACUCCAAGUUCAAGGAGGAUUUGUCACUAAAACCCCCUGCAACUCUGGAGGACGCAUUCCACCGCUCCCGGAACUACAUCUUCCUCGAGGAAGACAAACGCUUCUAUGCCGAAGAAGCAUGGAGAUAG